AUGGCAAGCCGUGCACGACGCCAACAACCCGGGAGUCGCCCCGAGUUUCCGUGGUAUUCUUUUCCUAGGACUGUUGGGUCCGAGAUUUAUGCAAGAUGGAAUGCAAAACUUGACUGGAUGAAGCAGCGAAAAGUCCAUGUUCCUGCAGUUGUAGAUUGGCACUGGAUUGGACAAACCGGGUUAAUGGAGGGAAUUGAGACAUACUUGGACAAAGCAUUCAAUAGCAUUCAUGGGCCGUUUGUUUGUAUGGGGUGGAGACGGCUAUUUGAAAUUCAGGAAGUCGGGUAUAAGGAGUUAGUCAUUGAGUUUCUGGCCAUGGUCUCUUUUGCUCGGAAGGAUGGAAUAUUUGUUGAAGACAACCUUUCUUUUUGCCUUGGUGAAGAAAGGCGUACCUUAAGCCUUGCUGAUUUUGCGCUAAGGAUACAUAUUUAUCUUCCAUCUAAGGUCCAUUCCGAAGCUUAUCAACAAUACAUUGUUGGAGGUAUUCGGAUUACCGAGGGGUUCAAAGCUGAAACACAUUGGAAUGAAAUAGAAAAUGAUGCUUAUGAUAAGGGGAUUGCGCAAGAAAGCGACAUUCCCUCUCCUCUUCAUCGUCUUUUGCAUCGGCUUAUAACAAACACCAUUAAUCAGAGACAUGAGGGGGACAAGUGUCCGACGAUAGACGUGUUUUUCUUAUGA